ACUGCCCUGUGGCAACCUCUGCUUCCCCUGCCAGCACCUCAGACCAUGGGAGGUCCCUGCCUCAGCAUCCAACACGCACUGUGUGUCUUGCUGACUCUGUUGGAAGAUGGACUCCAGAACACCAGGGCCUCGGCCACCAUGGACUGUGCCUCGUGGUGCCCUCCACACUCCACAUGUGUCAACGCCACUGCCUGUCGCUGCCAUCCAGGAUUCGCCUCUUCUGAGGAGGUCGUCACCAGCAUCUUGGAGAGUUGUGAUGACAUCAAUGAAUGUGGACCACCCUCGACAGUGUCCUGUGGAAUAUUCGCAGACUGUCAGAAUACGGAGGGCAGCUACUACUGCACAUGCAGCCCAGGAUACGAGCUUAUUUCUGGGGCAACAAAGUUCAGUAAUGAGAGUGAGAACACGUGUCGAGACAUAGACGAAUGUCAGCUGAACCCCGGGAUCUGUAAAAGCCGCCGCAUCUGUGUCAACACCCAGGGCAGCUACACCUGCAAGUGCCCCCCCGGGUUUGAGCUCAACCGGGAGGACCCAAAGCUGUGCAAAGAUGUGAAUGAAUGUACCUCAGGGCAAAACCCCUGCCACAAAUCCACCCACUGCCUCAACAUCGCGGGCAGCUAUACGUGCCGCUGCCGCCCUGGCUGGAAGCCCAUUCCUGGGUCCCCCAACGGCCCAAACACCACCAUCUGUGAAGAUGUGAAUGAAUGUACCUCGGGGCAAAACCCCUGCCACUAUUCUACCCACUGCCACAACAUCGUGGGCAGCUAUGAAUGCCGCUGCCGCCCUGGCUGGAAGCCUGCUCCUGGGUCCCCCAAUGGCUCAAACAACAUCGUCUGUGAAGCAGAGAUCUUCCCCACCUGGACCCCGUCCCCUGGAAUCAAGAGCCAGAGUCUCUCCCACUUCUCUGAAAGAGUCCAGGGUCUGGAGAGAGACUUCAAGUCUGCCUUGGCCCAGGACACCAUCCAGAAACUUAUCACGUCAUUGGAUGAGCUACUGGAAGUCCCUGGGGACCUGGAGAACCUGGCCCUCCCUGCCCGGCAUAGCUUGGCCACUCACCUGCUGUCAUACCUUGAAGAAGUCUUGAGGACCCUGGCCAAGACCAUGCCUGGAGACUCCUUCACCUACCAUCCCCCUUCGAACACAGAGCUGUCCCUAGUGAUCCAGGAGUAAGGAAAUGGAACCAUCACCAUGGGCCGGAGUCAUGCACGAAUGGUGCUGAACUGGGCUGAGGCAGCUGAAGUUGGGGACCCAGGCCGUGCCGUGGCAGGCAUACUCUCCAUCCCAAACAUGCAGAAAUUGCUGGUCAAUGCCUCCUUGGAGCUGGACUCUGAGAAGAAAGCCCAGCUGGAAGAGAUACAUAAAAGUCCUGUCAACGGUGCCCAGCUCACGCUCCUCUCUACUAUCAACAUGGUCUUUCUGAGCAACAAGAACACAUCGAAACUAGACUUCCCUGUCACCUUCUACUUCUCCCACCUUAAUCAGAGGCCCAUGCUGCGGCAGGAGCUAAUCUGUGCCUUCUGGAAGGGUGAUAACAGCAGUGGGUACUGGUCCACCACAGGCUGCCAGAAGCUGGGCAGAAGGGAUGGCAACACCACCUGCAAAUGCAGCCACCUGAGCAGUUUUGCCAUCCUCAUGGCCCACUAUGACGUGCAGGAGGAGGAUCCCAUCCUGGCUGUGAUCACCUAUGUGGGGCUGAGCCUCUCUCUGCUGUGCCUCUUCCUGACAGCCCUCACCUUCCUGCUGUGCAAAGCCAUCCAGAACACCAGCACCUCACUGCACCUGCAGCUCUCGCUCUGCCUCUUCCUGGCCCACCUGCUCUUCCUCACGGCCAUCGACAGAACUGAGCUCAAGGUGCUGUGCGCCAUCAUCGCGGGUGCCUUGCACUAUCUCUACUUGGCCUCCUUCACCUGGAUGCUACUGGAGGGCCUGCAUCUCUUCCUCACCGCACGCAACCUGACUGUGGUCAACUACUCCAGCAUGAGCAGGUUCUUGAAAAAGUUCAUGCUCCCUGUGGGCUAUGGAGUUCCAGCUGUGAUUGUGGCCAUUUCUGCAGCUUCCAGGCCUCACCUUUAUGGAACAUCUACCCACUGCUGGCUUCGCUCAGGAAACGGACUUAAAUGGAGCUUCCUUGGACCGGUCUGUGCCAUCAUCUCUGUCAAUCUAACUCUCUUUCUGAUGACCCUCUGGAGUCUGAAAAGCAAACUUUCUUCUCUCAACAGUGAAGUGUCCACCCUCCAGAAUACAAGGUAAGAUGGAAAAGAGGUGGGCCACCCCACAGUCAUGCUCCCCAGAUAAAAUCCAUGUGCCUCAGCAGGCCUUGAUAUCCCUUCUCAGGUCUUCUGAGGGAACCCAGAGUAAGGAGAUACAGCUAUCCUUCUACAGUGGCCAGCUCAGAUUCAGUGGUGGGCUGCUGACUCAUAGCCAACAAGUUCUGUCUCUAAGCCUAGCUUGUAACUUCUUCAGCAAGAGGAAGAACUGACAUGGUUGAUUCACAUUCUUUGAACUUUAUCAGCAGUCCUAUGA